AUGCUGCCCGCCCGGCUGGCACAGCUGGCGUUGCUAGUGGCAGCCACCAGCGGGUGCUAUCUCUUCCCCAGUGACGUCCCAGACCCUUGUCGCGGCGUGUCCUGCGGGCCGGGCGCGCUCUGCCGGCCGACCCCCGAUGGCCACGCAUACAACUGCGAGUGUCCCACGUCCUGUCCCAGCUACGGAGACCACGAGGGCUCCAGGCCUCUGUGCGCAAGCGACGCCAGGGACUACCCCGGCGAAUGUGAGAUGCGCAGAGCUGCUUGCGACUCCAAUACUAAUAUUACGUUCAAAUAUUAUGGGAAGUGUGACCCCUGCGCGGGAGUAACCUGCCCAGACCCAGAAGUGUGCCAACUAGACGAGCGCCGGGCGCCAUCUUGUCGCUGCGCCGAGCCCUGUCCCCUCGAGUUCUCGCCCGUCUGCGCUUCCGACGGGAAGACCUACUCCAACGAGUGCCAAAUGCACCGCGAGUCCUGUCGCGCCAGGAAACAGUUGAAGAUUAUAUUCAAGGGGCAGUGCAGUUCAGGGGUAAACCCGUGUGCGGAGGUGGAAUGCCGCCACGGCGCUGAGUGCCGCGUGGAGGGCGGGGGCGCGGUCUGCGCCUGCCCCCCGGCCUGCGAGCCGGUGCUGCGGCCCGUGUGCGGCUCCGACGCGCGCACGCACGACAGCGAGUGCGAGCUGCGACGCGCCGCGUGUUUGUUAGGCCGCGAGCUGCGCGCGCUGCACGCCGGCGCUUGCGGUUCAAACGGCGUCUGCGCGGGCCGCGUGUGCCCCCACGGCGGCGAGUGCGUAGCGACGGGCGGGCGCGGCGUUUGUCGCUGCCCUCGCUGCUCCAACGAGUUCGCUCCCGUGUGCGGCUCCGACGGGAUAUCCUACGGCAACCGCUGCAAGCUGCAGCUGGAGGCUUGCAGGCACCGCCGCGACGUGCAGGUGUUAUACGACGGGCCCUGCAACGGCUGUGAAAACAAGAAGUGCGAGUUCUACGCUGUUUGCGAGAGCGACGGUGUUUCGGAAGCGAGCUGCGUCUGCCCCAAGCACUGCGAAGAAGGAACUGAGACCGAAGAAGUGUGCGGCAACGACAACCAAACGUACAGCAGCGUAUGCGCAUUACGCGACGUAGCGUGCCGCGAGAAGAGGAGGCUGCAUAUCAAGCAUAUGGGGUCCUGCGAAUCCUGCGCCGGCAUCCAAUGCCCGGCCGGCACGUGGUGUGCGCGCGGCGCUUGCGCGUGCGCAACUCCAUGCGCCGAUGCUGAGAGGGAGCCAGUGUGUUCUAACACGAAGCAGACGUUUGUUCAUGAAUGUGCUCUGCAGAAAGCUGCCUGUGAGGCUCGCAUGAGAGGAGAACCGCCUAUACACGUCGCUUACUAUGGCGAGUGCGCUGAUUCGGCUGACGAGAAUAGUACUGCAGGAACGAACAAGUCAGUCAGGAUAGUGGACAGCAACGAAAUCCGCACUGGAGACGAGACCGCAGAGAGUUCCAGCGAGCCGGGAACUAGUACAGCAGUAUGCGCAAGAGUGCAGUGCGCGUAUGAAGCUACCUGCGCAGUCGACGCUAAUGGACAACCCAGAUGUGCCUGUUUAUUCGACUGUGCUGCUGCAGCGGCUGCGGCUGCGUCGUCAGCCCCAGUGUGCGCGUCAGACUUGCGACUGUACCCUACACUGUGCCACAUGAAAUUAGAAGCCUGCAGGCGACAGGAAGACUUGAGGCUGCGACCGCUGCCUUUGUGUCGAGGGUUAGAGUUCAGGCCGUGUGGCGAUGACGAGCCAGUUAUGGACUCUGAUGGGCGUCCAUUGGAUUGCGGCGGGGGCCCUCACCGGAAAGACUGUCCUGUUGGCAGCUACUGUCAUCAUACUGCAAAGGCAGCUCGGUGUUGCAGAAAAGAAAAAGGCCUAGUCGAAACCAAGGGGUGCCAAGAGUCGUGGCACGGCUGCUGCUCCGACGGGGUCACUCCCGCGAGAGGGCCCGGCGGCGUGGGGUGCCCUUCGCAGUGCGGGUGCCAUAGGCUGGGUUCCGUAUCCGAGCAAUGUGACGAAAGCGGCCAGUGCGUGUGUAGGCCGGGCGUCGGUGGCUUGAAAUGUGAUAGAUGUGAGCCUGGUUACUGGGGACUGCCGAGGAUCGGGACUGGGCAUACUGGGUGUAUACCAUGCGGCUGCUCGGCGUUCGGUUCAGUUCGCGAAGACUGCGAGCAGAUGACCGGCCGCUGCGUGUGCAAGCCCGGCAUCCAGGGGCAGAAGUGCACCGUGUGCUCCAACCACGAGCACACGCUCGGCCCUAACGGCUGCUUCGACCCGGAGUCGACCCAACUGCCAGCGACCAACUGCGACCGCAUGACGUGCUACUUCGGCGCCUACUGCGUCGUCCGCAGCGGGCUCGCGACCUGCGAGUGCGGCGCCACCGAGUGCCCGCCCUCCGACGGGCCCUCAGUAUGCGGCAGCGACGGCCGCACCUACCUCUCCACCUGCCACCUCAGGUCCCACGCCUGCCGCACCCAAUCCGACGUCGUCGCCCAGGCCUUCGGACCCUGCGCAGAAGAAACCCCCCACGUCAGGCGAGAGAGUUUCGUUAUCGAAGAUAGAGAUGAGCCGAGCUGUGUGCCGAAGUCGAAGCCAAAGAUUGAUUUUGAGGAAGAUGAGUUGACGAAUGAGGUGGAAGAGGAUUAUUUGUUGUACGAAGAGUUUGUGGAGGAGUCAUCUGAUAUGUAUAAGGUGCCGUUGUUCGAUGGGAGCGCGAGGAUGACGGCUCGGACUAGGUUGCCGGCGAAGCGUUUUGAUAUUUGGGCGGAGGUGUCUGCUGUUUGCGGGACGGGGGCGUUAGUGAGCGCUUCAGGGACGCGGGACCAUUUGUGGCUUGGUUACGUCGGGGAGAGGGCUGUUUUGCGUUGGGACUCGGGGAGUGGACCAGCAGAGCUGCACUCUGGGAAGGUGAAGAUAGACGGCCGCUCGAAGGUGUCAGCGAGGAGAUACAAGAAAGACGCAAUGCUGCGGGUCGGCUCGGCCACGGCGAGGGGGUCGGCGCCGGGUCGGAUGACUUCGCUAGACGUCGACCCUUUCAUCUACGUCGGCCAUCCACCUGAAAAUGUUACGAGAUUAUCCGGCGCCAGCCUCCACGGGUUCGUAGGCUGCGUGCACCGACUUCGCGUGAGCGGGCGUGACGUCAUCCCGCCAUCGCGCGGGCUACACGUCACUUCGCACGGGAUCCGUCCGUGCACCCCCCACAAUCUGGCCCGGCUCGUAUGUCCUUGAAUUGUUGAUUAUUGUCAAUGUUAUCAUUGAUUUUUAACGAAAUUGUAAUUCAGCUGCUGGUACAGUAUUUUUUUUUGUUUAAGCAAGUAUUACGAACUGCACCUUUGAUCGAGACGCUAAGUACACCGAUCUUACCAUUAAUCUUUGUUUUGUCAGGAGAAGUACACGAGUAACUAGUAGGGUAUCACUACCGCAGGCCACUACCAACGGGUCAAUAUGAAAAUCAUUAGGGGAGGCCUAUGUUCAGCAAUGGAUGUCCUGUGGCUGAAAUGAUGAUGAUGAUGAGGCUAUAACUCGUAGGUAUAACUCGUUAGGUAACUCGUAACAUUAACACCCGAAAAUGUAAUAUUUGUUGUUAAAUCUGUUGUCGAUGAUUUUAAUGUUGCUGUAAAUCAGCAGCUGAUUAACUACAAUAUUUUAAACUCUACAAUAUUUUAACAAAGCCUAUAUUGCAAGGUAUACUGGAGUUCAUUUAUAGAAAUAAACUACAUUCCAUCAGCACAGUGGUUUUGCCGUAUCUGGAAGCUAUCCAAACUGUGACCAAAAGAGAAGAACGUAAAGGCGUAGAAACUGCGACGCGAGCCAAAUCCACGAAAUACAUUCUUUUCUUCAGUGAAAAUGAGGCUUAAUAUUAGUCUAAACAAGAUGUAAAUUGGCGUAUUAAACUAUGUAAAUGCUCGUUAUUCGGCAGCUAUUCUGAUAAGAUUACAAUGAGAGUGUUUAAAGAAGAAUUAUCGCGCGCGAAGGAAAGAAAAUUGCGGUAUUCGUUAAUUAUCGUGUUUUAUUUACCGCUUAAUAGUGGUUUUUUUAUUCUCUAUUGAAUAAAAAUAUCAUAUUUACAUUUCAGUAUGUUAAUAAAAAAUAUUGAUAUCAAAGGACAAUGUUCGUUCUCCAUACAUUGUUCGCCUAAGAACCAACAAUUUUGACAUAUUACUACCCGAAAGCGAAAUAAUAUGAUUCUGUGUGUAAGAACAAUGAUUCCUGAUGGACACUUGCCAUAAAAUUAAUGAUUAAGAAUAUUAAAUCACAGCGAUUUUAUAAUAUGUCGUUUAUGACAACAUGGCGUCUAAUGUAUUGUGUGAAUGUAUGAACACCGAUUCGCGAAAAAUGUUUUGUAUUGUCGUCACGCCGAGUCGCAGCCAAAUAGUAUAAAAUAAUAGAACAAGUUUUAGAAAUACAACUCGGCAUUCCACUUUUAUAAUAUGCCCACAUAUUGCACGUAAAUAAACAACAUGAAUCGUAGGUUGUUUCCACCCUUGUCAUCUGACACAUGAAAUAAACUCCUAUUGUAUUAUAGAUAUCGAAGCCGAAUCGUAUAUAAUAAUAGAAUGGGUUUUGCAGAUCACUCGGGAUUCCACUUUUAUAAAAAACCUACAUAUUGCAUAAAAAUAACACGAAUCAUGAGUUUUCAUUUCACCAUUUACAUCUGAUACGAGAUAACAAACUCCUAUCUCCAUGACUACCGUCGUAGUCUAUGCCAAAGACUACAAUAUUUUAAGCAAGAAGUUUCAAACCUUAGCGGCUACAGUAACCCCUGGGCCACAUACAUCAUGAUAACAUUCGGUCGACACCGGAACGAAGUCUUGCGAUUAUGCAAAAAAGCAUCGUAUUCUAGUGCGGCUAUAUCACGUUCAACCGGGGUUUUAAUUCGACUAAAUUCCUGACUAAAGACUGGAAGAAAAUACGCCGCAUUGUAUGAGCACUUCGUGUUCGUUAAAGCGGCUUCAGAUCUAGAGCCCACAUAGUUUUCUUUCCAAUAAUAUCCGCAAGUAGCGCUGCAUGAUCUUUACAACAAAAACGGCAAUAGUUAUUAAGGUGCCAAAAUUAUAUGAUUACUUUGGCACGGUAUUAUACACGUUCGAAGAUUUGUCAUUUUCAUUCAUUUCAUCAUCAUCAUCAUCAUUUCAGCCACAGGACGUCCACUACUGAACAUAGGCCUCCCCCAAUGACUUCCACAUCGCACGGUUGGUAGCGGCCUGCAUCCAGCGCCUUCCCGCUACCUUUAUCAGGUCGUCGGUCCACCUUGUGGUGGGUUGACAUUGCAGAAUAUGACUUUUGAUAGGUUCAUCAUAGAAUUCGGCGGGGAUAUCCUCACGGAGGAAGUUCGAAAAAGGGCGGAACAAGAUCUUAUAAUAAUGCAAGGCCGAAGCUGUAACGCGAGUGCUCCUACGUGUAAUCCGGCGAGUAUGCAAUAAAUAGUAAUGUCUGGUAAAUAGCGGUAAUACGUAUCGUUCGUUCGUUCGUUUCAGCCGAAAAGACGUCCACUGCUGGACAAAGGCCUCCCCCAAGGAUUUCCACGAAGACCGAUCCUGCACCGCUCGCAUACAGGCACCUCCCGCGACCUUCACCAGAUCGUCGGUCCACCUAGUGGGAGGCCUGCCCACACUACGUCUUUCGGCUCGUGGUCGCCACUCAAGAACUUUCCUGCCCCAGCGGCCAUCAGCUCUACGAGCUAUGUGCCCCGCCCCGUCUAUGUCUAUAUGCGCUACGAUUACAGGGUAUCAUUUUGCAUAGUUGCAAGACUUCACUCCGCUGCUGUCAAAUCAAUGUCGCAUAAUGUUAUCGCAAUGUGUGUGGCCCUUGGCCAAAUCACAGAAGCCUAUGCGAAGAAAGAGCACUUGAAUGACAAUGAAAAUCAGGGUUACCAUUUUAUAAGAUCUCCUCACUAUUGAGGGUAACAAAGUAACAUUAAUAAUCUAGCCAUUAAUUACAUUUAUUACCUAUACGAGAAAGUAAAGCAACAUGCGGUUUUAUUUUAAUUUGUAAAAUAUUUGUAACAGUUUGUUCUAAGUUUAGUUUUACAACAGUAUUGCUGUUUCAGCUGUCACUGUGAAGCUUUGGGAUAAUAAAUAAAUAGAAAAAAUAUUAACAUAAAUAUUUAUUUAAGUUUUUAUGUUCAUUAUCAUAAUAUGCCAAUUUAAGUUACACUGUGUGACAGUCUUUGACACUAAACAAACUCUUCAGCUUAAUAAUACCUACCUACAGGGCGUUUUUAUAGUUACUCUUGCUGAUGAAACAAGAAGGGUUGAUUCUACUACUGAAAUACAACUACUUUUCUUACAGGACCAAUAUCAAAUUCUCAAAAAAAUUCACAUUCUCGUGAAGGUGAUAAUUUCUAUGGAGAGGUUUUUUUUUAUAUUCGGUCUCUUGGGAUAAGUUAUUCCAUUUGAGCAGUAGAAUUAAUCCUUUUUAUUUGAUCACAUAUAAAAAUAACACAAGUGUUUAGGAAAACUUCUUCUUUGGUAUGGUAUCACUACGGAGUUAUAAUGGCGGCAACUCUGUAUCACUGACUUGUAACUUUCAAACAGUAUGAAUAAUAAGGGCACCACAUUGGUUUUCUUUCUGAAAAAAGGCUUUCACUUUUAGU